AUGGCUGAUCACACAAAGAUGGAAGAAAGCCAAAACAAAUCUAUUGUUCUGUGUGAUGCCUGCCAUGGAAAUCAAAAACUCAGCGCAGUAAAAUCAUGCUUGCAAUGUGUAACAUCCUUCUGUGAGACUCACUUGGAAAAUCACAAAACCGCAGCAAGGCUCAUAAAGCACAAACUGAUCGACCCUGUGGAAAACCUGGAAGAUUAUAUCUGUGUAAAACAUGAAAAACCGCUGGAGCUAUUCUGCCGAGAUGACCGGACAUUUCUCUGUCCCAUCUGCAUUGAAAUAGGACACAAUGCUCACAACAUUGUUCCUAUAGAACAAGAGAGUGGAGAUCAGAGGGCUCAGCUGAAAAAGACACAAGCAGAAGUCAAGGUGAUGAUCCAGGAUAGAAUAAAGAAGACAGAGGAGAUAAAAAGCUCUGAAAAGGUCUAUCAAACUAACAAUGUCAAAAUUCUCACUGCUCUGAUUGAGAGAUGUCAGUCUGAGCUGCUGGAGGUGAUCGAGCAGAAGCAGAAAGCAGAGAAUCAGGCUGAAGAGCUGAUUAAAGAGCUGGAGCAGGAAAUUACUGAGCUCAAGAGAAGAGACACUGAGCUGGAGCAGCUCUCGCACACUGAGGAUCACCUGCACCUCCUACAGAUGGAGCCUUUAAAUUGCCGCUUGUAUUAUAUUUGUCACUGUACAUGUGUUUCUUUUGCAGUGAAUGUGAUUUUGGAUCCUAAAACAGCUUACCCUAAACUCAUCCUGUCUAAGGACGGAAAACUAGUGAAGCAUAGUGGAUCCUGGAGAGACGUUCCUAAUAACCCUGAGAGAUUUGACUCCUCUGCCUGUGUCCUAGGAAAGGAUGGGUUUUCCUGUGGGAAAAUUUAUUAUGAGGCUGAAGUCGGUGAAAAAACUGAAUGGGACUUAGGUGUGGCUAGAGAGUCCAUUCAGAGAAAGGGGAAAGUAACAGUGUGCCCAGAGAAUGGCUUUUGGUGUAUUUGGCUAAGAAAUGGAGGUGAAUAUGUGGCUAAUGAAUCUUGCCCUGUUCCUCUUUCUCUGAAAGACAAGCCCCAGAAGGUGGGGGUGUUUGUAGAUUAUGAGGAGGGUCUGGUCUCCUUCUACAAUGUAGGGAGCAAGACUCUUAUCUACUCCUUCACUGGUCAGUCUUUCACUGAGAAAAUCUAUCCAUUUUUCAGCCCUUGCAACAAACGAGGAGAUGUGAACACAAAGCCUCUGAUUAUCUACUAG